ACCUGCAGUUCCUAAUAGGGAAUUUGAUCCCUUGGAGAUCCACAAAUCAGCUGGUCAAAGUACUAAAAGCAGAACUAUUGCAGUGGUGCGCCGCAGCAAGUGCCAGACCCUCUCAGACGACUAGGCACCAUUCUUGGCAUUUUAACAGAAGAAGGAGAAAUGACUGAAAGUGAAGCACGGCUCGGCAUAUUGCUUGAAAAAAUUGUUAACUGGGAUUCCGAUCAAUCCAUGAUAUGGGACCGAGACCAUGAUGAAACUUCUGAGUUUUUUCAAGUUGUCAGUGAAGUUCAGCAACUUGUUGACAAGUUAACAACCUCACCUGUGUAUAAUAAGCUUUUAUGCUAUGCUGAUAGCACUCUUCAGAUGGCCAUGGAUAGGCUUGAGGAGUUUGUGCACCUUCUGAGACAGUAUAGGCAGCCUUUGGUGCCAGAUCACAUGUCAUUUCGGUCCAUGGAAGAGGAAUUGUCAGAGGACUUCUCAACUAGUUCAUUUGAAGAAGAAGCAAUUCAGGGUAAAAGCCACCAUGAAAGCAGCCGAAGAUCAGAGGAUUUUCUAGUCGAUCUGAUCCAUCCUGAUGUUUUAUGUAACCUCAGAUGCAUAGCUGAAACGAUGUUUUCGGCCAAGUUUGACAGGGAGUGCUGCCAAGCCUACAUUAGUGUCAGAAAGGAUGCACUUGAUGAGUGUCUUUCUGUUCUUCGCAUUGAAGAAGUCCUGCAGCUGGAAUGGUCAUCACUGAAUUCCAUGAUCAAGAGGUGGAAUCGAGCUCUGAAAGUUUUUAUACGCGUUUAUCUUUCGAGCGAGAGUCGUCCAUGUGACCUCAUAUUUGGAGAACUUUCAGUGUCACUAAGACAGUCCUUCUUUGUUGAGAUCUCAAAGAGCUCUAUCAUGCAAUUCCUCAAUUUAGGAGAAGCAAUAGCAGUUGGACCACUAAAGCCAGAGAAGCUCUUCAGGAUACUUGACAUGCAUGAGGGAUUAGCAGCUCUUCUCACCGACAUCGAAUCACUCUUUCCAAAUGAGUCAGGCUCUUUCAUUGUAAAUGAAUGCAAUGAGAUUUUGUCAAGGCUGGGUGAAUAUGUGAGAGGAACCUUCUCCGCAGUCAAGAAUGCGAUUCUAAGAAACACAUCAACAACAGGUUUUGCAGGAGGUGGAGUUCAUCCUCUCACAAAGUAUGCCAUGAACUACAUAAAAGCACUUGCAGAUUACCGUGUAACAAUGAAUGCGCUCUUUGAUGAACAGAUUCCUCUCUCUCUCGCCUAAACGCUUCAGCUCCCUGACCUCACGAACAAGUAAAAUUCACUCAGAGAAAAAGAAACAGAGCGUUUCUUCUCAUGCCGAUCUGUUUCCCCGCGGCUUCGCCCUUUGACCUUCUGUUAAGUUUUCCAUUCGUCAGAUCUGAUUAAGAAGAGGAAGCUAGAGUGGAAUUUUAUUCGGAGUAAGAUUUACCUAAGUCCUCUUCCAAUUACCAAAUAGAUUCUUAGAUGAAGAAUUGAGCGGAGGGAAAGAGAAGUUUUUGUUUUGGUGAAUCUUAUAAUGAUAAUAUUCAAGCUCUCCGACAACAGCCACACCUCCGCCGGGCGACACCUCAAACUUCAAGCUCUCCGCCACCCUUGCCGCCGCCCCGACAACCGCCACACCGCCAGCACUUCCUCCACCAGUUCCAGCGCCGGAAAUGCCGCCGCCGGCAUUGCCUCCAGCUCCAACAAAGCAAGCGCCUGCACCAGCACCUCUGCUUCCGCCGGUGUUGGCGCCGGCUCUGGCGCCAAAGGGAGGAAAAAAACAUAAGAAGAAAAGGCAUAGGAAGAAGAAGGGACCGGCGCCGGCGGCACCGCUGCAAUCUUCCUCGUCGGACGAGGAUAUCACGGCGCCAGCGCCGCAACCAGCUGACAAUGGAAGUAUAGCUAUACAAGGAAGAUGCGCAAGAACAAUGAUGGCCAUUGUUGUGCUCUUUGCAGUUGUCAGUUGAAGUGUAUUAUUUCUACAAUUUUUUUCUUAUUUCAUUUAUAUUG